ACUGAUUAGCAAGGCAAAGCAGAGUUUUCAGCGACCGUCACCGAGCUGCGAAUGACUGCCUUUUAAUUACAUUAAAAAAAAAGAAAUAAAAUAAAGCGCUAGUAUUCAGCGCGGACUUGAAUUUCGAGGAGUUGUUCGGAGGCGAGCGGCGGCAGAGAGAAGAAAAUAAUUUCAGUGGGAAUCCAGGGAAUUAAAUAGAGACUUAGGCAUUUUGCGUGGCUACUGCGUGCGUGCUGCUCUGCUCUGCAAACCCAUCCUGAGAGGAGACGAAAAAACUUGAGCCCCACUUACAAUUUACUUCAGCGUUCACGUCUUGGGUGAUAAUGUCUUGAUUCGGUGGCCUCUCCAGCCCAGUAAAGGACGUGCCAGUGCCGGGUGCUGCUAAUGGGAACUCCUGCUCCGCCAUGAGUGGUCGUGAUGGCGGUGGUGGCGUUGGUGGCAUGGGCACCCUGGGCCGGCGGCAGCGCUUCGAGAACUCAGAGUUCACUGUGCGCAUCUACCCAGGCGACCUGGCUGAGGGCACCAUCUACUGCCCAAUCAGUGCCCGCAAGACCACCACAGCCGCUGAGGCCAUCGAACGUGUCAUUGACCGCCUGCAGCUGGACCGCACCAAAUGUUAUGUUUUGGCUGAAGUGAAGGAGUUUGGUGGGGAAGAAUGGAUUCUCAACCCAUGCGACUGUCCUGUGCAGAGGAUGAUGCUCUGGCCCCGUGUGGCACUAGAGCACCGUCCACUGUCUGGCGGAGAGGAUUACCGCUUCCUCCUAAGGCAGAAGAACCUGGAUGGCUCAAUUUACUAUGGCGGCAGCCUCCAGAUGUGGCUGCAGGUCACAGAGGAGCGGAGGCGCAUGGUGGAACGUGGACUGCUGCCACAGCCUGAUUCUCAGGGUGACCACGCAGAUCUUUGCCACCUGCCGGAGCUCAACGAGCGCUCGCUGCUGGACAACCUGCGCUUCCGCUUCCGCCAGGAAAGGAUCUACACUUAUGUUGGGAGCAUCCUCAUCGUCAUUAACCCCUUCAAGUUCCUGCCCAUCUACAACCCCAAGUAUGUGAAGAUGUAUGAUAAUCAUACACUGGGAGAUUUGGAGCCACACAUUUACGCUGUGGCAGAUGUGGCUUACCACGCCAUGCUGCAGAGAGAGAGAAAUCAAUGCAUUGUUAUAUCUGGGGAGAGCGGCUCUGGGAAGACACAAAGCACAAACUUUCUCAUUCAUCAUCUGACUGCUCUCAGCCAGAAAGGUUUUGCCAGUGGAGUGGAGCAGAUAAUCUUGGGGGCAGGGCCAGUACUAGAGGCAUUUGGGAACGCAAAGACAGCACACAAUAACAACUCGAGUCGCUUUGGCAAAUUCAUUCAGGUGAACUACCAGGAGAGCGGCACUGUGAGGGGCGCAUAUGUGGAGAAAUACCUCCUGGAGAAGUCAAGGCUGGUCUAUCAGGAGCACAAUGAGCGAAACUACCAUGUGUUUUACUACCUGCUGGCAGGAUCGAGUGAAGAAGAGAGGAAAGCCUUUCACCUCAAGAAGCCUGAAGAAUACCAUUACCUCAGUCAGAUGACAAAGUCAACCCACCAACCGCACUGGGACAGUUACUGUGAGAGUGAACCGGACUGCUUCACAGUCGAAGGAGAAGACCUGAAGCAUGACUUUGAGAGGCUUCAGCUGGCCAUGGAGAUGGUGGGCUUUCUUCCUGCCACGCGCAAACAGAUCUUCUCCCUGCUGUCGGCCAUCCUUCACCUGGGCAACAUCCGCUACAAGAGGAAAACCUACAGGGACGACUCGAUCGACAUCUGUAACCCAGAGGUGCUGCCUGUCGUCUCAGAACUGCUGGAGGUCAAAGAAGAGAUGCUGUUUGAAGCUCUGACAACACGGAAGACAGUUACUGUCGGAGAGAAGCUCAUUGUUCCUUACAAACUUGCCGAGGCUGGUACGGUGCGAGAUUCCAUGGCGAAGUCCCUGUACAGUGCUCUGUUUGACUGGAUUGUCUUCAGGAUUAACCACGCUCUGCUCAACAUCAAGGACCUGGUGGAGACCACCAAGAUCUUGUCCAUUGGAGUACUUGACAUUUUUGGUUUUGAGGAUUAUGAGAACAACAGCUUCGAACAGUUCUGCAUCAACUUUGCCAACGAACGUCUCCAGCACUACUUCAACCAGCACAUCUUCAAGCUUGAACAAGAGGAAUAUAGAGCAGAGGGCAUCAGCUGGCACAACAUCGACUACAUCGACAAUACAGGCUGCAUUAACCUGAUCAGCAAGAAGCCCACAGCGCUGUUCCACCUACUGGAUGAAGAGUGCAAUUUCCCUCAAGCCACCAACCAGACUUUGUUGGAUAAGUUCAAGAGGCAGCAUGAGGGGAACAGCUACAUCGAGUUCCCCACUGUCAUGGAGUCCGCCUUCAUUAUCCGACACUAUGCUGGCAAGGUCAAGUACGGUGUCAAGGAUUUCAGGGAGAAGAACACAGACCACAUGCGCCCGGACAUCGUGGCUUUACUAAAGAGCAGCAAGAACGCCUUCAUCUGCGGGCUGAUCGGCAUCGACCCGUCAGCCACUUUCCGCUGGGCGGUGCUCCGAGCAUACUUCAGGGCCCUGGUGGCUUUUAGAGAGGCUGGGAGGAGACACACGCAGAAGAAGACUGGGCAUGAUGACGCUGCUCCCUGUGCAGUUUUGAAAAGUGUGGAUAGUUUUAGCUUUCUGCAGCACCCUGUGCAUCAGAGAAGCUUAGAGAUCCUGCAGAGAUGCAAAGAGGAGAAGUACACUCCAGAUGAGAGUGAAAAUGUUGUACAAAGUGAUGAAACUGAAAACGGUGUGACUAGGAAGAGUCCACGCACACCGCUGUCAGACCUUCAGGGAAGCAACAUCAACGAGAAAUCACCACGGGGUUCUCCAGGCCUCGGCUUGAACGGGCGCGUGGGUCGACAGAGCCGCUUAUCAUCCAGCAGCUCCACCACAGAAGAAGACGGCAUCUUUGUCAACUCCACCAGCAGCAAACUCCUUGAGAGAGCCCACGACAUCCUCAUGAGGAACAAAAACUACAAAUCUAAGCCAGUUCUUCCGAAGCAUUUACUGAAUGUCAAGUCACUGAAGUACCUCAGCAACCUGACCCUUCACGACCGCAUCACCAAGUCACUGCUUCACCUCCACAAGAAGAAGAAACCACCCAGUAUCAGCGCACAAUUCCAGGCCUCCCUAAAUAAGCUAAUGGAGACUCUGGGUCAGUCUGAGCCUUAUUUUGUCAAGUGCAUCCGUUCCAAUGCUGAGAAGCUGCCCUUAAGGUUUAAUGAUAACCUGGUGCUGAGGCAGCUGCGUUACACAGGUAUGCUGGAGACUGUGCGCAUCCGGCAGUCGGGCUACAACAUCAAGUACAGCUUCAAGGAUUUUGUCCAUCACUUCUGUGUGCUGCUCCCAGAGGGCACCAGUGCCACCAGAGAGGGCAUCCAUCAGUCUCUGGACCAGCUAGACCUAGAACCAGAUGGGUACCAAGUGGGAAAGACUAUGGUGUUUUUGCGGGAGGCUGAGCGUCAGCGGCUGCAGGCCUUACUCCACAGGGAAGUUCUCAGACGUAUUGUCAUGCUGCAGCGGCGAUUCAGAGCCCGGCUGGAGUGGAAGCAGUUUGUCAGGAUGAGAGAAGCAGCAAUCCGCAUCCAGAAAUGGUGGCGUUUGCACCGGCCCAUAGAAGAGGAGGAUUAUGAUCCUACUGUCCAGGAGGGGGCAGCUUUGUGUGUGCAGACACACUGGCGAGGUUACAGGGAGCGUCAGAGGUUCAGACUGUGGAGGGAGGCUGCUCUAGUGCUGCAGAGGGCAUGGAGGUUAUGGCUCUACCGGCGCUGCACAGCAGCUCUGGUUAUUCAGACAUCCUGGCGCUGUCAUCAAGCCAGAGAAGCCUACUUGCGCCUGUAUGGCGCUGUGGUAAAACUACAGGCAAUUAGCAGAGGCCACCUUGCCAGGCAGAGCUUCAAAAAACUGAGAGAACAGAGACAGAGGGAGAAGAAGGAGCAACAGGAGAAGCUGCUUCAGCUACAGAAUGGCCAGGUGAAUCUCUCGCCAGAAGAAGAGGAGGAGCCGCCUGAGAGAAUCAUGGGGUUGGACCUCAGCACAUGGGAGGAUCGUUCCUACGAGCAACGAGAAAGGAGCCUCCAGAUCCUCAGCAGCCAGGAGGGUGCAGUUAAGGAGGAAGGAGAGGGAAGAGAAGAUGCUAGGACAAAAGAGAGUCCCUCUAAAGUGCAAAGUGAAGCAGCGGCCUCAAUCUCAACAUCCACUGUGGUGGUUCGAGAGAGGUCCAGAACUGUAGAUGAGCCCAGCCAGAAAACCACUCGGGCCAAGAGAGAGAGCCGGCGGAUGAGAGAGUUGGAGCAGGCCAAGUUCAGCCUGGAGCUCCUUAAGGUCCGGGCAACCAGCGGUGGAGCCUCGUCCCCAUCUGAGGAACGGCGCUGGUCUGUCGAGCUGGUGCCCCCUGCAACCCCACCUCUUCGUUCACCCCAGGGCACGCCCGACAGCCAGAGCUCCAAAGGCAGCUUUGAGCUUCUCAGCAUGGAUGAGGAGCCACCCAAGGCUACAGAAGAGGUGACAGACAGUGAGGACCCCUGCUCCCCUCUUCCUUCAGUAGUUCCAGUACCUGAGCCUAAUGUUGAGGUUGUUUCAACCAGCCCGAAGCCAUUUGAACCACAUAGGACAGGGGUUUCUGAUGCUGUUGCCCAUCCAGGCAGCCAGGGCCAGACCAAAAUGGAUCUGGCAGCCCCCUCUGCCCCCACACAUCCGCCCAAAAUCCCGAACUACCUCCCUCCUUUUUACGUCCCUGCUAGUGAGGGCAACACAGUCACCUCCCAUAGUCCUGCAGAAGAGCCUCAACAAAACAGAGAGGCAGCUGUCUCUACAGCCACCACCACUGUUACUAGGCCUCUAAAAGAAAGGCAAGAGUCAGUGCGUCGACCAGUGGUGGUGGUCAUCAGUAUGCAAAAAGAAACACCACUAAGCGAUGAGCUGAGUGAUCUUGUCCGUCCCCCUGUAGAGGUUCGAGAUUCUGUAGCCCAGACAGGGGAGUUGACAUCAUCGCAACAGAAACCACACCCAGCUCCUGUCCCUCACGGUCCCGUCCCUGUUUCUACCUCUGUCCCUCAGGCUGACCAGGCUGUCAUAGAGAAGCUGGUGCGACUGAAUGAGGAGAAAGAGGAGAGGCAGCGCAAUCAGCAGCAGCAGCAUGAAAAGGAGAUGAUGGAGCAGAUCAGACAACAGAAAGAAGCACUGGAGCGGCAGCGCCUUUUCUUCGCUCAGUACGAGAGAGACAUGUUUGAGAAACAAAGAGGAGAAGCUCUGCACAGGAUACAGCAGAGUCGACAGGCUGGACAAGAUGUUGGUGGAACUGCAACCUCCGGGAAGCCCCUUAGACCCAGUUCCCUGCUGAUUGAGAGAACAGCAGGGCUAGCUCCACAUGCCAGAACACACUCAGACUCCACCGCCCCGUCAGUGCACUCUCCCCCAGGUGAAGACAUCCAGGGCCGUUUCCCUCACCCCCAGCUGCCUCCUCCACCUGCCUCUGCUCCCAGAGAAAGGCGCAGGCCUGUUGCUGAGGGCUGGGCACCCAAACUCACACUGGAGUCCAAAGAUGGAGGAGGAACCAGAGUGAGAACAGCUACCAAGAAGCCACCAAGUAAUCAAAGCACCACAGUUAGUAUGACGGAUAAGCCAGGCAACAUCUUCUUCUCUCCAAAGGACAAAGUGACAUUUACAAAGUUUGACAGUGAUGCUGUCACUAAAGAAACACCUGAAGCCAUUCCCAGAGAAGGACCCACACCGGCGGUCUCCAAGCCUUCUAAAGGAACAAAAGUGCGGGAUGUUGGCAGAGCGGGCCAAAAAAAGAAAGCCAGAAUGGCACGGACCCGCUCCAACUUCCUCACCCACGCCCCCAUUCUCUCAGUUGGGGGCGAUUCAGACGAGGAUGACUAUGACGGCGACAGUCCCCUCAGCCCCUGUCAUUACACUCUACCCCUCUCCAAACAGAGCUCCACGGAGGCGGGCUUAGGAGAGUCCUGUUUCAGUGACUCAGACAUGCCUGCAAGCUCUGAGGAGCAAAAGAAGAUGCACAAAGCCAUGUCGUCAGGAGAUUUGGGCAAAGUGGACUCACUGCGCAAGAACUCGCAAGAUGGAAGGGUUCGUGGUAAGAUGCGUUUCUGGGGCAAGACCAAGUAUGGUGAUAAGAAGACAUCCAGAGAAAAGCUGAUCUGUGGGGCUGAUUCCCUGGAUGGAGACUAUGGAGACACUGGGCCACUGCUGGAAGAGGGUCUGGAAAACAUGUCGCCCCCCUGCAGUCCCGAUCUGAUGUUGGAUCGAGGGUUCAGAGACUUGAAAGAGAACAAGGAGCCAUCUCCCAAGGUGAAGCGAAGGCGCAGUGUUAAGAUCAGCAGCGUGGCUCUGGAACCUGCUCAGUGGCAGAACGACGCGCUGCAGAUCCUCACCUGCACCAACGACUACAGGAGCAUGAACGACUUCCUCAUGAAGAAGAUCAACGACUUGGACACGGAGGACAGUAAGAAGGACACCAUGGUGGACGUCGUGUUUAAAAAGGCUUUGAAGGAAUUCCGUCUAAACAUCUUCAACUCUUACUCUACAGCGCUUGCUAUGGAUGACGGUAAGAGUAUUCGCUACAAAGACCUUUACGCUCUAUUUGAGCAAAUCUUGGAGAAGACCAUGCGACAGGAGCAGAGGGACUGGAGAGAGUCUCCUGUCACAGUGUGGGUCAACACCUUUAAAGUUUUCCUGGAUGAGUUCAUGACUGAGUACAAACUUCUGGACAGCACAUUCAGCAAGCAGGUACCUAAACCUGAACGCAAAAAACGGAGGAAAAAGGACACUGACAUUGUGGAGGAGCAUAACGGCCACAUCUUCAAGUCCACCCAGUACAGCAUCCCCACGUACUGUGAAUUCUGCUCAUCACUCAUCUGGAUGAUGGACCGUGCCUGUGUGUGCAAAUUGUGUCGGUACGCCUGCCACAGAAAGUGCUGCCAGAAGAUGACCACCAAAUGCAGCAAGAAGUUUGAUCCAGAGCUUUCCUCCAGGCAGUUCGGAGUGGAAGUUUCUCGUCUGACUAAUGACGAGAGGACAGUGCCACUGGUUGUGGAGAAGCUUAUCAACUACAUUGAGAUGCAUGGCCUCUACACUGAAGGAAUAUACAGAAAAUCUGGCUCCACCAACAAAAUUAAGGAACUCAAGCUGGGACUCGACACAGAUGUGGACAGCAUGAAUCUGGAUGACUACAACAUCCAUGUUAUUGCUAGUGUUUUCAAGCAGUGGUUGAGAGACCUGCCUAAUCCUCUGAUGACAUUUGAGCUGUAUGAGGAGUUUAUACGUGCCAUGGCUUUGCAAGAUAAAAAGGAAAUGAUCAGAGGAGUGUAUUCAGUUAUUGACCAGCUAAGCAGAACUCACCUAAACACUCUGGAACGCCUCAUAUUUCAUCUUGUCAGGAUCGCCUUGCAAGAGGAUACAAACCGUAUGUCAGCAAACGCCUUGGCUAUAGUUUUUGCUCCCUGUAUCCUGCGCUGUCCUGACACCAUUGAUCCACUGCAGAGUGUCCAGGACAUCGGCAAGACGACAGCGUGUGUAGAACUUAUCAUUUGUGAACAGAUGAAUAAGUACAAAGUACGACUAAAGGACAUCAAUAGCCUGGAGUUUGCUGAGAAUAAGGCCAAGUGCAGACUGACCCUCAUUCGACGGUCAAUGAAACCCGUACUAAUAGCUGUUAGAUUUAUGAGCAUAGUGCGCACUAUGCAGCCAAAUGCAGCUAAAAAGGGAAAAGGCCAUGUACAGCGACUAAGCUACCACACGCCAUCGCCUCCAGUUAGUCCUCGGCUGCCAUCUGUGGCUGACGUUGUGAUAGAAGAGAGUGAUGUUGAAGAGGGAGCGGACUCGUUUCCCGAAAUCUCACAGCAUCAGCAGGCAGCCAUGCAGCAGGAAGAGAGAGUGUUGACAGAGCAAAUUGAGAGCCUGCAGAAAGAGAAAGAGGAGUUGACUUUUGAGAUGCUGACUCUGGAGCCACGAGCAUCAGAUGAUGAGACCCUGGAGUCAGAGGCCUCUAUCGGUACAGCUGACAGCUCUGAAAACCUCAAUGUGGACUCUGAGGGAACCGUUUCUGACUUCUCUGAGAGAGGUCCAGUGUUGACUUCACCCUGGCCUCGGAGAUCUGACGUGAUGAGCCCCCGACGCCGCACUCUCCGACGGCAGCCUGACUCCCUGGACUCUGUGGACUCUUGCUCCAGUGUUUCCUCCUACUCCUCCUCAUCACACUUCCACCCAUCGUCCUCUUCCUCCUCUGCCACUACACGGCGCUUUCGUUUCCACACCAAGUCUCCUUCUUUAGGCUCAGGUCCAGCUCAGUCCCAGACACAGGCUCUGAAUGCAUCUCAAGCCUCCCGAUCCGACAGCAUAGACAGUAGCCCUACAGGAGAUCAGGAAGGCACGUAUGAUGAAAGGCCCCAGUUUACAAGCCGAGGCACCUUCAAUCCAGAGAAGGGCAAACAGAAACUUAAGGGGGCCAAGCACUCAAGCCUGAGGAACUCCAGAGAAGGUGAUGGCCACGGCAGGGACCCUCCAGACAUACCACAGCAGCUGGUAUUGUAUGGCAGUAAUGAAUUCAUGGUAUGAAGGACACUGGGACACCAAAGCACUCCCUAUUCAACUCCCUGGCAGGCAUAUACGUUCUCAGUGGGAGGUAAAGCAAUGACGACUGAUCUUCCACUACUCAAAGCACUCUUGCUUAGCCUUUCUUUGUGCAAUUCUGCAAAGAAGUGUCCCAAAGUGCCGUGCACAGUGUUUCCACCCCCAGAGGGGGGAGAGAUGUUUGGCAGGGGGACAAAAAUCAGUGGAAGGGCUCCUCUUCUGUGGACUAAAUUGCCACCCAUGGUCUCAUAGUGCCUUGGCAGCUCUUUACUCAGCGCCAAGAGGAGACGCACUGAGCAGGAGGACAGAGAAAAGGGAAUGUUGGAAUAUGCGGAAGACCACUCAGCAUCAGGGAAUGUUAUGGAGCUGGAAAGCUGAAGCAGUGUACUACAGUAAAUAAGAAGAAAUCAGGCAACACAGAGUCACGGAUGUUAGUGAACUUAAAGCUCACAAUUAUUAGCUGCUUUAUGAGUUUACAGUUCAUAACAAUCAGUGUAAGCAGUGCUGUUACUGCAAAUUUAUUUUUCCCUUAUUUAAUAAAUUUUAAUGUCACAGAAAUUCUUUAUAGCAUAUAAUAUACAGGUAUAAAUACUGUACAAAGCCGGAACACCAGCCUCUGCUGGGUAGUUGAAGUCAAAUAUUUAUCUUUUUGGGGGUGGGGUUGGGCAGUGGAUGAUUUAUGUGUGUGUGUGUGUGUGUGUGUGUGUGUGUGUGUGUGUGUGUUCGCAUGUGCCGAGUGCUCAUGCGUGACUGCAUGUAUGUGUGAAAAAGAGAAAACCACUUCAUGUGUUUUAAGUUUGUGCUGCUUUUUUCCCCUUACAAGGGAAAUACCGCCAUCAAAGGGACCAAGUCAGCUGGUGUGUAUUCCAGCCAAGGGGAUCCCAGCUCUGUAAAGAAUGUCGGAUGUGUAUAAAAUCCCUGCAUUCACUGCUUAACAGCCAUACAACAAUUGUAAUGUACAGUACAGUUCAUAUGUACAGUAUAGUGGACAAAUGCCAUUCUAUUCUUGAAAUCUAUUGUUAUCCCCCCACUCCCAAACCCAUCCCUACCUCCUGUCUCUAAAGUGUUUGCUCAAUAGCAACCAAGCAAGAACAUAAAAUCAAAAUGUCUUUUGUCUUUA